UUAACGGGAAAUCUCAAAAACAGAAAAAUUUAAAAUUUAGUCCUUAUAUAAUUUAUUUUUAAAUUAAUUCAACAGUAAUCAGCAUCUAGUUGUUUUUGUGUUUUUUAGUAAACUGUAAAUGAGUUCUGAUAUUGACAAUCAUAUACUUCAGAAAUAUGAAAUAAAGAAACGUUUAGGAAAAGGUGCAUAUGGCAUAGUAUGGAAAGGAAUAGAUAGAAGAACCGGUGAUGUUGUUGCUGUGAAGAAAAUUUUUGAUGCAUUUAGAAAUCAAACUGAUGCACAAAGAACUUUCCGAGAGAUUUGCUUUUUACAGGAAUUUGGAAGUCACGAAAAUGUUAUUAAAUUACUAAAUGUUAUUAAAGCAGACAAUGAUAAAGAUAUAUAUCUUGUCUUUGAAUUUAUGGACACUGAUCUUCACAAUGUAAUAAAAAAAGGAAACAUUUUAAAAGAUGUACAUAAACGUUACAUAAUGUAUCAGCUGUUAAAAGCAAUGAAGUAUAUACAUUCUGGAAAUGUAAUCCAUCGAGAUUUAAAGCCUAGCAAUGUCUUAUUGGAUCGUGAGUGUUUUAUAAAGAUAUGUGAUUUUGGAUUAGCUCGAUCAGUGCAAUGUCUUACAUUAGAACAUGGUGACCCUACUUUAACUGACUAUGUUGCUACUCGUUGGUAUCGAGCUCCUGAAAUUUUACUCGCAUCCUCAAAGUAUACAAAAGGUGUUGAUAUGUGGUCAAUGGGAUGCAUACUUGGAGAAAUUUUGCUAGGUAAACCAUUAUUUCCUGGUUCUUCAACAUUGAAUCAAAUCGAAAAGAUUCUGACGGUUAUACCUCCACUUACUAGAGAAGAUAUUGAUAGCAUUAAAUCCUCAUACAGUUCUUCAUUAUUGGAAAAAACUGCUGUACGUUCUAGAAAAUCACUUAAUGACCUCUUUCCUGAUUCUCCAGAUGAUGCACUUGAUCUUCUGAAUAAGUUGCUUCAAUUUAAUCCUGACAAAAGAAUUACAGCAGAAGAAGCCCUCUCUCACCCUUAUUUAUCAAAGUUUCAUAACCCUUCACAGGAAUUAGAACUAACAUAUGAUGUUGUUCCUCCUGUUGAUGAUGAUGUUCAGCUUUCAGUUGCUGAAUAUAGGACAAAACUUUACGAGAGUAUCUUGCAAAAAAAACUGGAUAUACGUAGACAACGUAGGGUACAACUUAGUGAUUCUAAACCUGAAACAUUAAAUGAGAAUGAGGAUGAAAAACCUGCUGCUGAGUUAGGAAAUUUAUCAGUUCCAGUUGUUGGUACUCCGCCUCAAAACUAUCAACCUCGUGUAAAGUCUGCUCCAAAUAAUAAAAAAGAGCCUAAAACCUCUCCUACACAUGAUUCAAAUAUGUUUCAAGCAAAUCAUUCCAGACCAAUUUCUGCACAUUAUAACAAAUUUGCAAGUAACAAUAUACUUACUCGAACAAAAUCUAAUGAGCAGUCAAAAGUAAUUAGCUCUCCUGUUAUGUCACGUCAAGGUUCUUCACCUGCCAAAGCAGAAAAUCAACAAAACGUUACUCGCACUGGGGUUAAAAAGUUAUCUCAACAAGAACCUUCAAGUCUUAAAAUGGCUAGUUAUACUCAAAGUCAUGCUACAGUUUCAAAAAGUACUUUAAAUGCUAUUCAGGGGAUGUCAAUCAAAUAAUUUGGAGCUAAUUAAACACUUUUUUCUUAAUUCUGUUUAGUAAAUAUCCAAAGGUUUGUUCUAAACCAAUUUUUAGGGCUCUAAAUGUUAAAUUUUGUUAUAAAAAAUAUGAAAAUACAGGAACUAAAUCCCAAAAAUAAUCUUUAGAUUUUUUUAAAUACAAAAAAGUUUGUAGAUUUUAUCUAGUGAAAUUUUUUAAUUUUAUUUUUUAUUUUGCACGUCAGAGUCAUAUUUGGUCUUUUAGAAAUACACUAAAGAAAUAAUUUGUAAAUUUUUUUUUUACUUUUUUAAUUUAUUGAAUCAAAUUUUUAGUAUAAUUUAUUUCAUGUAUUUAUAAAAAAUGACAAUCAAUUUUAAGAUGUUUUAAACUUUGUUCUUAAAAUUGUACUUUUCAUGAUGUAUUGAAUGUACACUACUUUUAUUAAUACGAACGAUUUCAUUGA